CAAAAGGUGAGCCGUCUGAUCAAGCUAGCAACGAAGGAGAUCGAGUAAAUAUGCAGUGUCCCAUUUCUUCUUCUUCCUCCUACCUCCGGUCAUCUCCUUCGGUGACAAACUAGGCGGAUGUCCCGCAAAACGGGUUCACCCCCCUAUAGAGCCUCGUCUCGUCCUUCUCGUAGAGAUCUGUAACCCCCUAGCACGACCCCAAAGAAGCUUCGGCGAGCCGCCGUAAAGACCUCCCUGUGGCUGGCGCCGGGCUAGCACGACCUCGAUCCGGGUGCUCCUCGCCUCCUCCAGAUCUAGACCAUGGCAAGGCGGCGGUGUUGGCCGGCACCAGCAGGUCCAGAGGCUCGAGGUGGUGCUGCUCACGCUAGCCAGCGCCGGGCCCGGGGACGGGGUCGCGCACCGGAAGUUCCUCACCGCCGACAGGAAGCAGCUCGGGGAGAUGCUCAAGCAGCCGCCCUACUUCCUCACCACCCCUGCCCGCCUCCAGGUCCGCGCGGGCGAGCGAUCCACCGCGGUUGUGCACUCCGGCACCAUCCUCCCCAUCAAGGAAUUGUCUAUGUUGUUGAUAUUUGGCAUACCAUGCACUGUAUGCAAUUUGUGCGGUCUUUGUGUGCAGUUGCAUAGAGAUGAAACUACAGGGAAUAUAUUGAACUUGGUAAUGGUGCAGGCAGAUGAGGGAACAAUGCUGAAGAUGAAUUUGCCUGUUGAGUUCAACGGGGUGGAUGCUUGCCCUGGAUUGAAGAAAGGUGGGCCGUCUGUCUUGCAGAAUAUGAAGAGAAAGAUGUGCUACGCUUAGUCCCUUACUGCGGUCACAAUUUUCACACGGCCUGUAUAAAGAUAUGUGGCUAGAGCUGAACUCAACCUGCCCAGUCUGUAGAAUCUGAUUGCGUGAUAACCCUGAUAGCAAACACACUGAGAAUAUCCAAAGCUUCAGUGAUGCA